AUGCCUUCUUCGAUGCUCUUCGCUCCUCCCUUCCUCCUCGCCUGCUGCGGCUCCUUCCUCUACGCUGGAGACUGGAGGAGCCCGGACGAGGCAGCUGGAGUCGACUCAACCAAGGCGGCCCCAAAGACGACUCCGGUUCCUACGACUGGUCCUCUCUCGACGUCCUCGCUCGAUCCGAGGCGCCCGAGGCGGGACGACGCCGUGGCUCGACCCGCCGGUGGGAAGGACGACCCCGGCGCCCGCACGACCUCACGCCCGGACGCAGGGGACAGACAGAGGGACAGUCCUUCCCCCCCUUCGCCAGACGACCGAAGGACGCCCUCGCGCCCCGGGGGAGGAGGAGGCAGCCCCCGCCCCUUCCGCCGCGUCGAGAGGGGACAGGGCGGGUCCCGACGUCCUGAUCAGGGUGCCCUCGCGGGGCGUCAACGGCUUCGCCCGCUCGAGGAACCUGGUGCAGAUCCACGUCUUCGAGGGCGGCCUCCCCAGCGGGUUCGACCGGACGUCCGAGCCAGACGCCGGCCGCCCGGACGCGAGGGGGGCGCGGGCGGAGGCGCAGGAGGGCGUGGAGGACGAGCCUGCGAAGGACGCCUCGCCCACGCGGGAGGGGAGGAGGAGGCGCUGCCCUGA